AUGUCAGUAACAGAGUUAUUACUAUCUUAAUUGGUUUCUAAAAUAAUUAAUCAUGAUUAAUCUCAAAUAGUUUCUGAAAUAAGUGAACUCUCUUAAGCAGAAUUAGACCAAUUUUAUGAAUAACUAAAAGAAAUUGAUUUUGAUUAAGUAGAAAUUUUUAAAAAGAUAAUUAAGAAAGAAAUAAUAAUUAAUUAACAAAAAGACAAUCUUAUUUAACCUGUUGAAAAUUUACUAAGUCUUGAAAAAUAAACUUAAGACAUAAUUGAAGAAUUAUAAUAAAUAGGUUUAAAAUCUAUUUCUUAAGGUUAGUUAGCAAUAAUAACAUUAGCAGGAGGAUAAGGUAUUUAAAAAAAAAUUGAAUAAAAUAAAAAAUUAUAAAAAGGAACAAGAUUAGGCUUCGAUAAUCCUAAAGGAAUGUUUAAGAUUAAUUUACACUCUAAAAAAAGCUUAUUUUAAAUUUUUGCUGAAAGAAUUAAUCGUCUUUAUGAAUUAAGUUUAUAAAGAUUUCCCUAAAAAGAAAAUUAAAGUGGAAUUUAAUGGUAUUUAAUGACAUCUAAAUAAACUGAUAAAGAAACAAAAGAUUUUUUCAAAAAAAAUAAAAAUUUUGGAAUAAGAGAUGAAAAUUUACACUUUUUCUAAUAAGGUUAUGUGACUUGUAUUGAUAAAAAUGGAAAAAUAUUGCUUGAAAAUGAAAAUUAAAUAUAUUUAUCACCGAAUGGAAACGGAGGGGUAUACGAAGCUCUAGAAAAUAAAAAAAUAUUAAAAUAACUUAAUGAAUAAAAAAUAAAAUAUGUUCAUAUUGUUGGAAUAGAUAAUAUACUUGUAAAACUUGGCGAUCCAACAUAAUUAGGUUAUUUGAUAUAAAACAAUUAUGAAAUAGUAUCAAAAUUUGUAAAAAAAGCAUAUCCAGAAGAAUGUGUUGGUGUACAUGUUUUAAAAAACUAAAAACCUUUUAUUAUUGAAUAUUCUGAUAUGACUUAAUAAUAAAUAUAUGAAAAAAAUUUAUCAGGAUAAUACAAAUUUAAUUAAGGAUUUAUUUGUAAUUUUAUUUGCUAAGUCUCUUUUUUAAAUCGAAUCAUUUAAGAUUCUUAAUAAACAAAUUAGCUUAUGGUAUAUCAUUAAGCUAUUAAAUAAGUUUCUUAUUAUGAUGUUUUCAAAAAAGAAAUUGUUUAUCCUAAUGAAAAAAAUGCUUAUAAAUUUGAACUUUUUAUUUUUGAUGCUUUUCAACUUUCUAAUUCAUUUGGAUUAAUAGAAGUUAAUAGAGAAUAAGAAUUCGCACCAAUUAAAAAUAACGAUAACAAUUCUAAUAUUGAUACGCCUUUAACAGCCUUAGAAUUAGUAUCUAAAUUACAUAGAUAAUGGCUAAUUUAAGCUGGUUAUGUUAUCGAUUUUUAGGCUUCAACUUAAAAUGUUUUCGAAGUCGAUUAAACUAUAUCUUAUUAAGGUGAAAACAUAAAAAAACCUAGUGAUGAGCACAAGCAUAUUUAAGAAAAUAAUUUUUAUUUAUAAAAAUAAUAAUGA